AUAAAUAAGAUUGCACACUGGUAUCUAACAAUUGCAGUAGCUAGUUAUUAUUGCAAUCGAUCUCAAAAUGCUAGUGGAUCCUAACAAGCAUCCAUCUUUUUGCAAACUAUUAUUCAAACAAGGUUUCAUGGAUAAAAUACUCAUGCCACAUAUUUUCAUCAAAGAAAACAAGAAAUUGUUGGCCAAGACUUGCUUAUUGAAAACAAAUGUAGUUGGAAUGUCGUGGGAAACAAAGAUCGUGAGAGAAAAUUCCAACUACUUCAUAUGUGAAGGAGAUUGGCCACAAUUUGUGGUGCAUCAUAAAUUGGAGCUAGGAGACAUUUUGAUCUUUUUUCUCAUCGAUAAAUCAACGUUCCAUGUCCUGCCUUACUCUCAGAAAACAUUCAAAAACUCUAGUGGCAGAGGAGCAUUUCAGGAACUAACCAGUUCUUCGGAAGAGGAACAUGACGUUGGAAUCACUACGAUGAAAAUGAAAAUGGAGCAAAAAGAAUCGUCAGGUGUUGUAAAAAAAGAAGAAGCUGAGGGCGGAAAAGAAGAAAAUGUUCCAAAGACGAGCAGAUUCAGUGUGAUCAACAUAAACAAUAAAGAUCCGUACUUUGAAAUGGUUGUAAGAAAGACACAUUCAUUUUUUAUGACCAUCCCGAAGAGCUUUGCUAUAUGGACGGGCAUAACUAAGAUGAAGAAAAUGAGACUGGUAAAUGAAAAAGGCAACAAGUGGAAAUUAGUGGACAUAGUGCAUACUCGGCAAAGGGUUUACAUGAAAAGAGGAUGGGCUGAAUUUCGAACUCUUAACAAAAUAGGCAAUGGUCAGACUUGUCGAUUCAAGUUGAUUAAGGAAAAUUGUUGUGAGUAUUGUGUUUUACAGGUUCAGAAGAUCCACAAAUCCAAGUGCUUGAAAUAGUCUACAAUAUGCAUAUGUACUAAUGGUUUCUUUUUGUUUUUCACUUUGUUAUGAAGAUGGAACUAAAACUACGACUUGGGCAUCUUUAAUGUGUUUUGUAUGUUUCAUAUAACUUGAUUUACCCAAGCCAAAUUGAAAAUCAUGUGCAUUUGCUGAACUUUUUUGAUGACUUGUAUUAUGUACUUCACCUAAAGUAUCAACAUGAUGUAUAUGUCAACAAUCGCGCUACUAGAAUAUGGAUCAUGACUGUUAUACUUUUGGUGAUUACGACUCGUAGCAAAAUGUUUUAUUUUUUAGUUGAGCUGCUCAUUCAAAUCUAUGGACGAAACUUACCUGACCACCGAAUUAGAUUUUUGGAGUUUGUUAGAGUGUCUGUUGCAACUCAAUCGCAGUGUUUUUGAUUUGAUAAUUCAUCGUUGCCCAUUGAUACAACAUUUGAUAUUUCACAGAUACGUAAAUCAAUUCGAAUAUUUUUCAUUGGCCAUUGAUAUAGCAAUAAGACCAUUGAUACAUCAAUUUACAGAUACAAAUAAUUCUGAUUGUUCUUUGUUUGCCAUCGAUACAACAGUACGACCCUUGUACAACAAUUUCCUCGUACUACCAUCCAUGCAACAAUUAGUCAGGGACGACUCAAUGUAAUUGAGAGCUUAAAGCGAAAUUUCAAUUCGCAGCCUAAUAUAUGAUAUACUUUAUAUACGUAUUUAUUCAAAAUUUAUUUUUUUAAUACUAUUUAGAUUGAAAUUAUUAGUACUUAAUAUUGUUUUUUCA